AUGCUGCUAUCUUUCCAGAUCAUCUGCGUUGUGAGCGACAUAGUGUUCUUCAGAAAGAAAGUGUAUAUCUCGCCAGAGCACUACGAGAAGCAGCCACGGAGGCACCAACCUAACGCUAAUGACACAUCCUGGGUCAGCAAAGCGAAGCGAUUUCUCGACAAACCUGACAUAAGCCGAUCCGUCGUACCGCUACUUUCUACCGUCCUCAGUGUGAUCAUAACAUCUGCUAUAUUCUCGGGUAUGAGCGAGACAUAUCGAUCCACGGUUAACGCAUGUAGCACCAAUCUGGAUGCCGACAUAAGUGGCGUCGGUGUACGGGUUUCCAUUUGGUUACAAAUCGGCAUGCUGCUCCUGAUCAGUAUUUACGGUCACUUCCACAAACGAGACACCGGAAUAAAAGAAGUCGGUGGUGGCUUGAUACUCACGCAUGUGGCCCUCACAAUAGCACUCGUUGUGCAGAUGUACAAAGGGACAUUGACAUCCGUCGAUGCUGCGAUUGGCGCAGUUAUCUUGGAUGCCCAAAACGUCGCUCUCCACAUCCCCAGCACUGCCAAACAGACUCUAGCUGCUCGAUGGCAAGUGCUUCUUCUCAUCCCAGCUCAGAUCAUGGGGUUAGUAUUUCUGCCGGUACUGGUUACCAAGUUCAUCAAAGGAGGAUUUGCAUCGGAAGACUGCCAGUGUCUCGACCUCUUUUGGUGGUCUAGACUAAGCGACUGUGAUGCAUUCUCUGGUAACGAGAUUUCUCUCUUCUGGAUCUACUACACGCUUCGCUGUAUCAUGUGGGUCCAGUCAUCCUUCCAUUCUAUGUACAAUACCCAGCCGUUUCACAAGUCCGAGAAGAACGGACGUGAUCCAAUAUUGAGGAGCGAUCACACCAAACCAAAGUCAGACUCAGCUGAGGCUCUGGCUCUGGAAUUCGAGGAUACAGAACGUGGGGUUAAAAGGGCCACUGUACAGUAUGGUCCUCUGUACAAACAAUACCCUGCGACGAUAUUACUAUCUUAUACAACGUACGCAUUGUACUCGCUCACGUCCAUGGUAGUCGCUGAGGUUACUAUUCGAGAGUACGACCUCCAACCUAGCUCCAACGUCUAUUCGAUCGGUCAGAUCAUCGCUAUCGUCGUCUCGCUCGCUACUCUAAUUCGAGCUAUCUGGAGUUUCCAGAGCCUCUAUAUCGAUUCUGAGGAUAAGUCAUUCCCUGAUUUGGUCUUUGAGGUGCUUACAUGGCCACCGUGGAGAUGUUGCUUCGAACCAGACGAAGAUACGGCCGCGACCUCCUCGAAACAGGAUGAGAAAGAGCCUCGAAAAGAACCAGGUGCUGAUAGUGGAGGUGAUGGCUCAGGAAGACAAGACCCUCCGCAACAUCCAGCACCGCCUUUACCCUCGGGAUUUGAAGCGGCUGGUCAACCUGAACAAUACUCUCAACCCUACCCUGGAUCACCUCACCCAGCUAACAGCAGACCAUCUUCGGAUAGCACCAACUUGUCAAAGCCGCAGCCAUAUUCGCCCCUACAAGAAGACGGCCGAGCACAGCGCCCUCAACCAGAUCAAUUAGAGUCUCAGCCACGGCGAAGCCACUCUCACAAGCCAGCAUUUCGACUCAAAUUCCGCCAGCCGUUUCAUCUAGAUGCUGUGAAGCAGCUUUUCUUUCCUGCGUUCACCCAAUAUCUGGAAGAGCGAAAGGAGGAAAAGGCUGCAGUUCCGAGAAACGAGAAUCCAGUCGAGCCCCCAUUCGAGCCCCCGGCAUUCGACCAGCACCCAGCCUACACGUGGCCUGGACAUUCUCAGGGAAAUGCCGCCAAGGAAAAAGCCCCAGUACCACUUUCAGUCGAAGAAAGACCGCAUCUAGCAGAAACUUUGGGGUCCGCCGAUAGCGAACUCCGCGUUCUGACUAGCGGCAAGCCCUCCGAUUCGAUUAGCGGCAAUAUGAACCCGGGGACAGACAGCAGCGACGUGACGGAUCAGCCAGGAAAAGACCAAGCACUCGAAGGGUUACAGCCAAAACCUGCUACACGGCAAGACAUGGGCUCAUCAUCGAUCCUAGCUCGUCCCGGGCCAGAAGAGGACCAGCCAAUCGGCACUCGGAAGUCAGAAGAACGACAACUUGCAGCUCUUCGCUUCCCAAUACAGACACCAGAGGAGGAACUACUAGAAUUCUCGAAGGCUGAUGCGGCUACAAAAUCUUUAGAACCAGUAAUCAGUUACCAAGGACUUGAUGAGCGCCAAGGUGUACAAUAUGGUGUGCCGCAAAAUGAUGGCUCUGCACACACAGAGGAGAAAAGUCCACUGCCACUCUCGAUAUUUGGUCCAUGGCGAGACUCUACUGAUCCGAUUCCUUCGACUUCGAAUUUCACCGAUGUAGACCUUGAGUCGAAGAUAGAGAACCCUGGUAUCGCAGACCAGUCAGAAGGUGGCAAAGGACCGCAGGAACCGGAGGCUCGGUCUGAGACAGGUCGCGCAUCAAUCAGAAGUGUUGAUCCGAUCGACACGGAAUCAGACACGGAAGACCAAAAGACGGAAGACCAUUCCACAACCGCUCUAGAUUCUGGGGGGUCGGAGCUUGAUUCAGCGCAUCUCUCACCCAUUGUAACAGAGGAAGACCUACCGGAACGGUCGAAACGACAUCAAUUGGCACGUCAACGGGAUCGUAUCCCAAGUGAUCUACGAGUAAACUCCCCCAGAGAAGUUUCAACCGACGACCUCAAGCGCGAUCCUCACACUGCUCACAGUCUAUUCACCGCGGAAUUUCGGAAACGUCGUCUAAAAAAACAGGAAGAAUCUGGUAAGCCUGGUCCCCGAUCCGGAUGUCCAGGCAACAUGGGGAAGUGUGAACAGAGCGAGACCGUCUGGGAAAACUAUUCCUCGUUUCUCCAUCACUGCCACACGCAUCAAGGACAAAUAGGGCAGUUUGAUACUGGAAAGUGCUACGAAUGUGCGAAGUCUAGCACGUCUUCAAAUCCCGGUCCGCGUUUUGUUCGUUCAACAGAACUCGCCAGGCACAUCUGGGACAACCAUCUGCACAAGGUUGACCGCGAUCCGUCAUCGCCAUCACUAGCGGAAGCAGAGCAGGGCAAAGGGAAAUCGGCGGAGGCUUCGGAACUUGAACGCAGCGAGCCCAUCGACGAUGGAAGCGUUGAUCCGGGGACUGUUAUCGAUCGAAGCGUCUUCUAG